AGUACAACUUCCUGUUGCUCUGCUGAAAUUUUUGCCCCUUUAACCUAGGACACGCAGGGAUCGUAAGUUUCAAAAUGUUGCGAGUUUCUUGAAAGAAGUGUGCGUGUGAUAGACUUAGAUGCGUGACGGCCGUCGAUUGGUACCAACGAAAGCAAAGCAGUAGGUUCGAAAACAUCCAUUACCCUCAGCAGGAGCAGCACUCAAAAUAAUUUUGUCACGGCGGAUUGAACAAAUUCGGGCACUAACAGAUUCAGACCGUUCACUAACUUACUGUAAUUUAUGGAAACAGCAGAAGGUACCAAGGAAGCCAAGUACAUGGAGGGAUAUUUGGAGUUAAAAGAAGCGUCGAAGUGGGUGAAUUACUGGGUUGUAAUUCGUGGAUUCCAGCUAUUUUUCUACAAGGAUUCAAACACUGACAUUAAGGAAAAUAUUCAAUUUCAUCUGGACUUAGGUGCAAAAUCUAACUUUGUCACUGGUAAAAGCGGCAAAAACAAAUUUGAAUUUGAAGUCAAAGUAGAACGUAGCAAGAAAUAUUUAUUUAGGGCAAAUACAGAGGCUGACCGUCUUCAGUGGGUAUAUACAUUAGGGCUUGCUGCCCAGGGAAAGCUUCCACCAACAUCAUUUGCUUGUGAUCCAGAUCCUGGUGACUCAUCAAACAACAAUAAAAAAACUCUCACUAGAAAAACCUCAAACCAAUACUCAGAAGUACCCAACUUUCAUAUUAGUCCGGAUGUUGCUGGGGUGACUGACGAGGAGAUGCAGAAGAAAAUUGUGAACAUUAAAAAGCAUAAUUCAUUCAGCAGCUACUGUAAAAAUUUGGUGGGACUUAAAGACAAGCGCAAUAAUAAGAGCGUUGACACUGAGGAGAGCAGUAGACCUGAGCCAGUACAAGCUGAGGCUGAGGCAGAAGCAUAUUAUGAUCCUUUUCCAGGAAGUAAACCUCCCUGGUAUUUUGGUAAGUUAACAAGGGAGAAUGCUGAGAAGAUCCUUCAAGAGCAUCCUCCUGGGAGUUAUUUGGUGCGUGACAGUGAAACAGUUAAUAAGCCAGGUGCUUAUACCAUCUCCCUCAAACACAGAGAAAAAUUCCGACACCACAAAGUUGAAACAUUACAUGAUGGAAACCUCGUAAUAAAGACACUUGAGGAUAAGGCUUUCCCUAAUCUUGCAGCUCUAAUGAAUUACUUUACCAAAAGUCAGGAAAGAGAAAUACAGAUGGCACCUGUGUAUUGCGAGGACCAAGUUGACAAUGGUGUCAAAGCCGUUCAACCAGAAGGUUUUGAGCCAAAUGAUCCACGUCCUCCUGUACCGGGAUGUGAAGACAGACCAAGCAGACCUGAGAGCAGCAGUGGUCAUGUAUUCCCAGGAGCAAAACCCUCAUAUGAAAACCUUCCAGAUAAACCAAGAGCUAAACCACCUCUGAUAAGUCGUGUAACGUCGCCUAACCUCAUGAUCUACGGAUCUAAGACUCGCGGUUAUGAGAAUUUACCAAACAAAGAUAAACGUCCAGUGGGCAAUAGAACCCCACCACCUGAACAUCCUCCUGGUUAUGAGUUUAUGAAUGAUAAAGGUGCACCUGCACCUGCACCUACUUUGCCCCCAAGACGACCCACAUCCAAGGUCAGUGGAUACGAAAAUCUUCCUUCUAAAGGAGCAGAGCCGUUGCCUUCGAGAAAGCCCUCGUGCGAAGGAUAUGCUAACCUUCCGGCAAGACAAGACAGACCUGCUUCCAAUGGACCUCCACCUCUUCCACCGAAAACUCCGUCACAAGGGCUUCAAGGAUAUGAAAAUUUACCGACGAAAGAUGCAAGUAGCUCACGGACAAGAAAUCUUCCAUAUGAGAACAUUGGAGCAAAUGGCCGGCCACACUACCCCCAAGGAAGUAUGAUGCCCAAGUCAUCCGCUGGACGACAGCCGGCUCCGUUCAGACGAUCUGCGACGGUUCCAGCUCAUAUUAUACAGAAUACCCUAGAGAAAGGAACCUACUGACUGGAACUGAGGGGAGGGGUGGUAGUAGAAUUUUUUGUAUAUGCUCAACCAGUAAAGAGCUAUAAUCUUAGAGAAUAACCGCAAAACCUGGACACAUCUAUCUUUCAAGUUGUGUGCCUCAGAGCUGUAUCAAUCAAAAAUUUUAAGUAGAUAACGAUCUUAUUGUAAGCGAAGAUUGUAGUUAGCUGUGGAAAGGGUGUUUACGAGGCAUUUGUAUAUGGGACAUUUGUACAUGUAUAACCGGACCCCUCGGGAACUAGACUGGACUGUCCCUUCUAACCUUCCAAGAAGUUGAGAAUUAGGGGGUACAGUGCUGCAUUUAUAACCAUUUGAGAUUUAACCACUUCGAUCUACAAAUCCUGUUUAUACCGUGGUAGACUGACCAGCCCUUCAUCCGGAACAUUUAAGGACCUUUUACGUUAAACAUUUAUCAGACGAACCUUUUGUCGUUUAAUAGAAUGCUGCCGAAACUGAGCGCGCAUGCGUUUUUUCGUGUAUCAAAUUCUCGUCGUAUCCAACAGUGACUCUUGGGGAUUUGAGAGAAAUGUAAAACGCGCGAGAAUACGGUGCAACGAGACCAGCCGUAAAAGGGCAUCACGCAGGGAUUUCGCCAGAAUCGUACCCGCUUGGACCAGAUUUUCAACCCGUUGAUACAUGACAUAAAUCUGUUUCAUUUAUUUUCUUACGAUUUCUGUGUUCAAUAGAUAAAACAUUUGGUUAUGCUGAAACAAUUAGACUAAUAUAACAGUGAAAAAGAAAGCAGAAUGUGGUAAACAGGACUUGUAACUGCUAACCUGUAUCACAGAGCCACACAUUAACGUGUAAAUUUAUCACUAAAACGACAAAUAUAUUAGAAAUUGUCCGCAAGGAUGUAUAGAUGAGUAUUUUUGUUUGUAUAUUUUUGUUAGAAUGAACUCUUAAACUAUUUUUGUUUAAUUAAACUGUCAUUACAACUAUGCUUUAUAAUCCUUUUGCGCGUGUGUCGCGGCUUACCAGAAAAAAUGUGUGGUGUGAACUAGAGACAGAGUCUAACAAAAAAAAACUGGCAUAUUGUGCAGGGUCACUGUACAUAGUGCCCCUGUGAACGCAUGCUUUGAAUCCCAGGGUCAGUUUAGACAGUUAAAUGUUACAACAAAGCCAAGGGAAAGCCAAAGGACGUGACCCCCUUUUUUGCUUCGUCACGCAAUUGUUCGUCCCCAAUUGCGUGACGAGCCAUGAGACACGUCCGCGUAGGCUACCGAGGAUGUUUUACUUCACGAAUUACACUUGGGCCUUUCGCUCUUUCUCGGGCAACGUUCCACAUUUUUCCUGACACAGCUAAUACAUUUUCCGCCGCUAUUUUACGUUCGUUUGAACGUAGCGAAUUACAAUGAGCGGGUUUUCUGAAAUUUGGAACCCUGGAUGCUGGAGAGGGGGGUGGGGAGUGGGGGUUGGUGUGAGGAGGUUUUCUCUUACGUCAUGAUCUUGACUUCGCCACUGACAAACACUCUCUUCGAUUCAGGCGUCUCUUCAGUCUCCAACCUGAACUGGGCAAUUCAGACAUCACGCACGUAGCGUUUCUUGCAAACUCUUCAGACUUUGAAGGGAUUGCGUGACAACCAAAAAAGUCCCGUCGCCAAGGCCAAGUCUGUCUUUAUUUGACGUACGUCUUCUCAGUUAUUCAAGAAAUAAAUCCAGAAUUGGCCGGAGAAUCUAUGGUGCCAAAGAAUUAAAACUUGAGAAAACUUCCUCAGAAGUAAGAACUUUGCCUCUCUUGCAAGUUAGAAGAUGUUGCCGGGUGGUUGGAGAGGAGUGAGGGUUGGAUAGUACUCCAUGUCAUCAACUAACAGGGAGGCUCCAUCCAAAAAGAACACUUCAAUUUUUCAGGCUGGAGGUAUAUAACAGGGUGGGAAUUUCAUUAGCGUGAUUGACGCGAAUUCAGCACUUUGAAAAUACCUUGAAUAAACGUGUCUAGCGGCUGA